AUGAAGUUUGUAUCGAGACAUUUCGAUAUAUAUUUCCCUGAUGCAGCAUUGGAUCUUGGUGGAAUUCCACCAGCAACUGGCUGGUUGACCUUCACAUACGUUGCUUGGACUAUUGCUUUAUCAAUUGUCAGAACUCGGUACAUCAAGGAGGCACUUUCCAAUGAUAUGGAUCCAAGAUUGGUUAUCGUUCCAUUUGUCCAAAUGGUGCCAAAUAGGGUUUUCUAUAACCCACUUUCAUUGGUAUUUUCCAAUUUAGUCGACAUAGAACCAUGGAAGUUUUUGCUAAACUUCUUUAAUUUGCUUAUAGGUGGUUCAUUCAUUGAAAGGUUCUGGCAAAGCCCUAGAGAAUUGGCCAAAUUUGUUCUAAUCUUGGGUACCAUUACGAACUUAAUUGUCGUUCUAAUUACAAUAAUUUUAUCAAUGUUUUCGUCAGCAAUAAGGUUGGAUUUACCAUUGGAUGGUAAUUAUACAAUUUUGGUGGGGUUCCCUAUUAUCUACAAACAGUUAUUCCCAGAAACUACCAUUUUCGAGACUAAGAAUCUACCUUUCAUUUCCAAGAAUUUCAGAUUUAAACUCCUGCCAAUAUUUACUCUACUUGUGCUUUCGUUUGUGCAACUUCUGUGGUUCCACCACUUCUCUCAGUUAUUAUCAAUUUGGAUCACUUUUUUCACCUGUUAUUUCUACUUGAGAUUCUAUCAGAGGCUACCUGCUUCGAUGGCUGAGGAUGCUGAAUUUGAAGUGGUAGGAGAUGCCUCUGAGACAUUCCAAUUGAUAUAUUUCUUCCCGGAUUUAGUCAAACCAGUACUUGAGCCAAUAUUUGAUUACCUUUACCAGAAGUUUAUUGUUGAUUGGCGUAUUGCAACUCCGUUUAGAGUAUACGAUAUCGAACAAGCUAACAUUUUGGCUCAAAAGAGGGGUGCUAAGCCUGUUGAAGGCUCUGAAGCGGAAGAAAGAAGGAAAAAGUUAGCCCUACAGGUUCUCGAAGAAAGAUUGUUGGACAACAAAAACACAGAGUCUUCUACUCCACAAAACGAUGUGUAA